UUUUUCUUUUUUUUGUGGCUCCCCUUUGAUUAUUAUUAUGAACACCGAAUUUCGUCAUCUUCAUAAUCUAUCUCGAACAAACUACGUACCCUUUCACAGCUUGAACCAUGAAUGACACAGUGGACAAACUCGUCAUCUUCCUCGCAAAGAGAGACGGCAUUGACAAGCUCGUCAAGACUUUUCAGUACGUGUCCAAGCUUGUUCACUGGCACGUUGAAGCCACUCAACCAGAUAUUGCGCAAAGAUUCAAACAUUGGGAAGUUGCCUCCGGCCUCAGUAGAAAAGCCUUCAGAACCGGCAGGUUCCUCACUGGGUUUAACCUUCUCCGAAGAAAUCCUGGCUCGACACCAACUCUCAGGUUUUUGGCUGCUCUCGCCAAUUCGGGAGAGAUGGUUUACUGGUUUUUUGACCACUUUCUUUGGUUGUCAAGAAUUGGAACUCUGGACGCAAAGUUGGCGAGAAGGAUGAGCUUCAUAUCGGCGUUUGGUGAGUCUUUCGGCUAUAUAUUCUUCAUUAUAUCUGAUUUUAUUAUAAUGAAAGAGGGGUUAAAAGAGGAGAGAAAGCUUGUAAGUUCGAAAGAAGAUUCAAAGGAUGUGAAAGAGAUUGUGAAGAAGAUAAGAGGUGAUAGAGUGAUGAGGUUGAUGGGAGUGGCGGCUAAUGUUGCAGACUUGAUAAUUGCACUGGCGGAUAUUGAGCCGAACCCAUUUUGCAACCACGCGGUUACUCUAGGCAUUAGUGGAUUGGUCUCUGCCUGGGCUGGUUGGUACAGAAACUGGCCGUCAUAAGCAAAUUACUGGUUCAUGUAUAACUUUGUCAGUUUGUUGUAACUAUCGACUUUGGGAAGAUGUUGAGUGUAUUUUGGAACUGAGUUUAUGGACUCAGAAUAUGCUGUUUCUUUUGCUUAAAAU